AUGCGCACUGAUGCUGCUGCGGGAAUUCAGGAAGUGUCAGCGACGAAUGCCGUUGUUGGUAUGGAUUAUGGCGAAAUUGCAAAGGUAGAAUUGCCAAGUUCUUCCUCCACGGACGACGACGACAGCAAACCCAACAGCGCCAGAACGCAGGAAGAUAUCAUAGAGACAUCUCCGAGUGUCACCGAAGGCCCGCCCAGCGAAGCAGAGAGCGCCCUCUCGAAACUCCAAUCAUUCCUCGACAGGGAGAAGAUUAGUGCAGGUGGCACAUCCCAGGAGCUGGGCAUCACAUGGACCGAUCUCACUGUCAAAGGUAUUAGCACUGAUGCUGCUGUUCAUGAGAAUUUCGUCUCGCAGUUCGACAUUCCCCGAAAGUUGAGGAGCUUGCGCCGCCAUCCCGCGACUAGGACUAUUCUGGACAGCUCGCAUGGCUGCGUCAAGCCCGGGGAGAUGCUGUUGGUGCUGGGAAAGCCUGGGUCGGGAUGUACCACAUUAUUGAGCGUACUGGCAAACCGAAGGCGAGGAUACGAGUCCGUCAGCGGCGAUGUCUUCUACGGCUCGAUGGAUCACAAAGCCGCUGAGCAGUAUGCCGGGCAGAUUGUCAUGAAUACGGAGCACGAAUUGUUCUUCCCAUCUUUGACCGUGGGCCAGACGAUGGACUUUGCGACCCGGCUCAAGGUCCCGUUCAACAAGCCCCAAGCCGAGAAGGAGAAUUACCGGAAGGGGUAUCGAGAUAUUCUGCUGCAAGCUUUAGGGAUUGAGCACACGCAGAAUACUAAGAUUGGGAAUGAGUUUGUCAGGGGCGUCUCGGGUGGGGAGCGCAAGCGGGUAUCCAUUGCGGAGUGUUUGGCAACAAGAGGGUCGGUUUACUGCUGGGACCAGCCAACCAGAGGCCUGGAUGCAAGCACAGCAUUGCAGUACAUCAAAACUCUGCGGGCACUGACAAAUAGCCGAGGACUGUCAACAAUCGUGACCCUAUACCAACCCGGCAACGGGAUCUACGACCUCUUCGACAAAGUCCUUCUUCUCGACCAAGGGCAACAGAUCUACUUCGGGCCCAUGGAGGCCACGCGACCCUACAUGGAAAGCCUAGGCUUCGACUGUCUGCACGGCGCCAACACAGCCGACUUCCUAACCGGUGUGACGGUACCAAGCGAGCGCGAGAUCCGCCCAGAAUGCUUGGGCAUCGUCCCGCGCAACACCGCAGCGUUCCGCGCCGUGUACGAGAAAUCGCAGAUCUAUCUCGAAAUGUCAUCAGAGUACAACUACCCAUCCAGCGCACUAGCAGAGCAACGGACGCUGGGCUUCCAAAAGUCCGUCGCCGAUGAGAGUUGCAGCGACCUGUUCACCGUCAGCUUCAGCGCCCAGGUUCAAGCGUGCCUCGUUCGCCAGUACCAGAUCCUGUGGGGCGACAAGAAGACGUUCCUGAUGAAGCAGAUAUCCAGCACCGCGCUGGCGCUCAUCCUCGGAUCACUCUUCUACGAUGCGCCUCCCAAUUCAGUUGGGCUGUUCAUCAAAUCAGGAGCUUUGUUCUUUGCGCUGCUGUAUAAUACGUUGAUCGCCAUGUCUGAAGUUGCGGAUUCGUUCAAUGGGAGGCCGGUCUUGCUGAAGCACAAGUAUUUUGCCUUUAAUAAUUUGGCGGCCUAUCACAUCGCCCAGAUCGUAGCGGAUAUUCCUGUUAUUGCAUUCCGGAUUACGAUGUUCUCUGUGGUGCUGUACUUUAUGGUUGGGCUGGCACAGAGUGCUGAUGCUUUCUUUACGUACUGGGUACUGCUCUUCGUUACGGCAUUAACCAUGACAGCCCUCUUCCGUGCAAUCGGCGCAAUGUCUUCAACAUUUGACAAAGCUUCCAAGUGGGCCGGAAUCGUGAUCGGUUUCGUCAACCUGUACACGGGAUACAUGUUUAACUAUCACCUGAUGCACCCGUGGUUCGUGUGGAUCUUCUGGGUCGACCCCCUGGCCUACGCCUUCGACGCUCUGCUAUCCAACGAGCUCCAUGACACAAUCAUCAAAUGCAUCGGGCCCAACAUCGUUCCCGUCGGCCCCGGCUACCCUGACCCGGAAUCCCGCUCUUGCGCCGGCGUAGGUGCGGCAGCACUCCACAAUACCACCUUCGUCCGAGGAGACGACUAUCUGGAAUCCUUAGCAUACGGCCACGGACACGUCUGGCGUAACUUCGCCAUACUGUGGCCAAUGUGGGUUUUCUUCGCCGGGGUCACAAUCUUCUACAGCACCAAGUGGCAUUUCGCGUCCGAGGGACAGACAACACUUCUCAUUCCGCGAGAGAAAGCUGCUGGUGUCUUGCGCGCUAUUGUAAAAGACGAAGAGAUGUCGAGCCCGGGCUUGGAGAAGCCGGAGCAAAGCGAUGUCGACAAUAAGAAAACACUUGUGGGUCCUGAGACUUUUGGCGCAGCCGGAAACAAAGUGAUGGAAGUUGAUGAAGUCCGCUCCUCUAGUAGCGUCGGUAAGGAGACGAGGGUUGCUGGGGACUUGGCGCGGAAUACAUCAGUGCUGACGUGGAGGAACUUGUCGUACACGGUGAAGACUAAGGCUGGAGAGAGAGUCCUGCUGGAUAAUGUGCAUGGGUGGGUCAAGCCUGGCAUGCUAGGGGCUCUGAUGGGUGCCUCUGGAGCAGGCAAGACGACACUUUUGGAUACCUUGGCUCAACGCAAGACCGAGGGCGUGAUCAGCGGCUCGGUCCUAGUCGACGGUCGACCGCUUCCAGUGUCUUUCCAACGCUGCAUCGGAUUCUGCGAGCAAGUCGACGUCCACGAGCCAUUCGUCACCGUCCGGGAAGCCUUGGAGUUCUCGUCCCUCUUACGGCAAGACCGGAAAGUUUCUUACGAGGAGAAGAUCGCUUACGUCCAGACAAUCAUCGAUUUACUAGAACUGAACGACCUUGCCGACACCUUGAUUGGCUGCGUCGACGCCGGCCUAACGUUGGAGCAGCGGAAACGAGUCACGAUCGGUGUCGAGUUGGUGUCGAAACCGAAAGUCCUGAUCUUCCUCGACGAGCCGACAUCCGGGGCGGAUAGUCAAUCUGCGUUCAACACGAUCCGAUUUUUGCGAAAACUGGCAGAUGUCGGACAAGCUGUGCUCGUGACAAUUCACCAACCGUCCGCACAGGUAUUCUCCCAGUUCGACACUCUACUCCUCCUCGCUCCUGGCGGAAAGGUCGCCUACUUUGGCGACACAGGCGGCAAGAACUCUCAAACGGUAAAGAGCUACUUCGCCAGGAACGGUGCUCCGGAAUGCCUUCUCGAUACCAACCCGGCCGAGUAUAUAAUCGACGUGGUUUCCAGCUCGUGGGGCCGUGAAAAGGAUUGGAAUACAGUUUGGCUCGAAUCCCCAGAAUACGUCGCCGUCGCCGCCGAGCUCGAACGGAUCGAGCGCGAAUCGGCCUCAACAUCCUCCCUCUCUGCCAUGUCCGACCAGUACAACGACGAGUUCGCUACGCCGAUAUGGCAACAGAUCAGAAUGGUGACUUCGCGGACCAGUCUCUCCCUGUACCGCAACACCGACUACAUUAACAACAAGCUUAUCCUGCAUAUCUCAUCUGCCCUCUUCAACGGCUUCACAUUCUACCAAGUCAGCCACUCCGUCACCUCCUUACACUCCCGCCUUUUCACGAUCUUCAACUUCAUCUUCGUCGCCCCAGGUGCCCUUAACCAGCUGCAACCUCUCUUCAUCUCCCGACGCGACAUCUUCGAAACCCGCGAGGCCAAAUCCAAAAUCUACUCCUGGCUCGCCUUCGCCACGGCGGUCGUAGUAGCAGAGCUCCCCUACCUGGUCGCAAGCGCCGCCCUCUAUUUCGUAGCCUGGUACUGGACGGUUGGCUUCCCAUCGCACGGGGCGGGCCCCACGCUGCUGGUCAUGAUCAUGUACGAGUUCGUGUUCACGGGCAUCGGCGAGCUGGUCGCGACGUGCGCGCCCAACGCCGCAUUCGCCGCGUUCGCCAGCCCCGUGCUGAUCGGCGUCCUGGCCCCUUUCUGCGGCAUCCUGGUCCCAUACGACCAGAUCGUCGGCUUCUGGCGCUACUGGCUGUACUACCUGAACCCCUUCACCUACUUCAUGGGCGCCAUGCUCGUCUUUGACAUCUGGGAUACCGAGGUCACGUGUAACGAGAGCGAGUUUGCCAUCUUUGACCCGCCCAGGGGCCAGACGUGUGGGCAGUAUCUCGAGAGAUACCUGAGAGAGGCUGGAUCCGGUAGCAAUCUGAUUAAUCCGCUUGCGACUGAGGAGUGCCGGGUCUGCCAGUUUCGGGAGGGCGGCGAUUAUCUGAAGACGCUGAAUCUUUCAAAGAGCCAUGGCUGGCGGGAUGUGGGCAUCGUAGUGGUUUUCGCCCUGGCGUCGUAUGCGAUGGUGUUCCUGUGCCUCAAGCUGAGAAAUGGAAGGUCGAAGAGUGUGAAGUGGCAGAAAUGA